GUGAAAGGUUUCUACAUAACUAAACAGGUGCACGCUCGCGUACAAUAUACUUCCCCACUUUCCCCCUCUUUCCCCCCUCUCUGCCUCUACGGCUCAACACAACUUCGGGGAGUGCUGCCGCACGACGUCCAGCCGUUCUUUCUCUCUCUAUAAAAUUCUCGGCUUCCGUUCUCCGGCGCCGGAGAAACUCCAUUACUUUCUCCUCGUAGUUCGUCCGAAUUUGUGAUGGGACACAUUGACUUCAAAAAGGAGCCUUCACAUGAAGUAAAUUCAAAUAUUGCAGAACCUGUGAUGGGACACAUUGACUUCAAAGAGGAGCCUUCUCACGAAGAAUUUGUGAUGGGACAUGCUGGCUUCAAAGAGGAGCCUUCAAAUGAAGAUGGUUCUCGACAAUAUGUUAUGCUUAUGAAGGACAAGAAAAUUAUAUGCCGAACAAUCACAUGGGGCUGCAAUCUGCCUGGUAAAAUUCCUGAAGUAUGGAGUGUAUUAAGGUUUGCACGUCAAAGUUCUGUAGAGAUUAUCUCUGGACCGUCAUAUUUCCUCUUGGAGUGUGCUCCUGAAAAUGCUACUCAAAGAGAUGAGUGGGGACGAUUCAUGGAUUUCCUUCAGAAAUAUGAGAGGGUUGCUAUAUGCAAACUUGGUAUCUAUGAUCUCUUCAUAGUUGCUCCUCUACAAGACACAAAUUUCAAACGUGCAGCUGUUAUCUAUCAGAGGGUGGAAAACCCUGCCCUUCAUGGUAGUCAAAUGCAUGAUGCAGUGGCUAGGAUUCCACCAAUAUCAAGAGAACAGGCUGUGAGUGCUCAUAAACCAAUUAACAUUCAGCAACCUAGUGGGGAACCAGGAAAGAGCCACGACCAGAGUAGACGCAAUUCUUCUGCUGAGGCUGCGGUAUCAAACUCUGCGGUGGUUGAGGACUUGAAGGUCAGAAGUAACAAAAGUCCUGAAGAAGCAGAGAGCAAUGGUUCAUUAGUCAGAAAUUAUGUACGCACUGAUCCCAGUUAUUUGAAGACACUAGGUCAUACGCAUUCUGGCUGGAUCUUUGGUGCGAUUGCAGAGCUUAUUGAUAACUCAAAAGAUGCAAAAGCGACUAAACUCGAAAUUUCUAUUGAUUUGAUAUAUUUGAAAUCUGUUGGUGAAGAGAUUCCUAUGCUGUCUGUUAUAGAUGACGGAUGUGGUAUGACCCAUAAGGAGAUACUGCAAAUGAUAUCAUUUGGGCACCGUCAACCAGAGAAAGAUGAUCGUAAUCGCAUUGGGAGGUUUGGUAUUGGAUUUAAGACAGGGGCAAUGAGACUUGGGAAGGAUGCUCUAGUUUUUACACAGACUACAAACUCAAGAUCAAUUGCUUUUCUCUCCCAAUCCUUAAAUGAAGGGAAAGAUAAUCUUGAAAUUCCCAUUAUAAGUUACCGCAAAAUUGGGCAACUAAUGGAGCUGGAUACAAGUGUUCAAGAUGAGGUUUCGGCAAAGUGCAAUUUGAAGACCAUAAAGAAUUUUUCACCAUUUGAUAAGUAUUUUAUUGGUGAAAAAUCAGGUCUUUUCAGUGACAAAGGCACAGGAACACAAAUAUAUAUAUGGAAUUUGGACAAGUGGGGAUCUAAUUAUAGCUUGCAGUGGGAUCCUGGGAUGAGUGGUGGGAGUUCGUUCCAUCAAGGUGACAUCCUUGUACGCUCUAAACGGAUCAGAACACGUCCGGGACAAAUGACUCAAAUGGUGCCAUUGGACUAUUCACUUAGGUCUUAUCUAGAAGUGAUCUUUUUUAAUCCUCGAAUGAAGAUGUAUGUACAAGGAGCACAGGUAAAGAGUUGCUCAUUAGCACGGUCUCUUAAUAAUACUGUUGUAGAAGAAGAUACUAUUCUGGAAAAGCCAGUUCGACUUAUCUUGGGCCGGAAUCAAAUAGAAUGGGAACGAGCUAAUUGUGGUAUUUUUCUUUAUUGGCAUGGCCGCCUAAUUGAGGCAUAUAAAAGAGUUGGAAGCAUGAUUCACAAUGGAGAUAAAGGUCGUGGAAUAAUUGGUGUUAUCGAAGUUAUGGAUUUAAUGGAUGAUGGUUGUGGCCGUGUUUCGGUGCAUAACAACAAACAGGGAUUUUUAGAUUGUGAAGUCUAUGCUGAACUGGAGAGAUGGUUGGGUGAAAGAGUUGACAGUUACAUUGAUGAUUAUGUAGAUAAAGUUGAAUUGAAAAAAGGUAGUCGUUUUUACAAACCUGAUCAUGAUUGGGUUCAGUGUUACAAAUGUAGAAAGUGGAGAAUGCUGCCUUCUGGCUUCGACAUCAGGGCUUUACCAAUAGAAUGGUUCUGCUAUAUGAAACCAUACAAUGGAAACUGCGAAAUGCCUGAACAAUUGGUUGAACAUGGCGUGAUAACAAUUUCUUCAAAGCGUUCUGAAUGUGAAUCCAAAGGGGAUCCUGUGAAUGUUCCACAUGGACUGUCUAGAAAAGGCACUAAUGCAUCAAAAGAUGCGAGCAAGAAUCGCAAGCAUGAUUCACUCGACCCGGCAUUGGACAACAAUGAGCAGCAGGAGGAGGCAGCCUCCUUGAAGAGACUUAGAAGAGGACCUGCAAGGAUUUGUCGAAAAUCUUGAGUUUGGUACCACUGUACCACCUUGUUUAGAAAAAAAAUCAAUGUACAGGGUUAUAAUUUUGACUUUUUUUUUUUUUUUGGUCUAUAAAUUAAAGAAAAUGUAUUCA